AUGUCUUCCUCAUCCAAACUUCAAAUCAUCUCGAUCCUCCUCGCCGUUGGGGCGGUGUUGUAUCAAUUUGUGCUGCGUGAUAUCCUCUUCAUCGUGAUUGGGGUCGGCCGCAAUGUUCUCCCCGUGUCAGAGUUUCCGUAUAGAUGUUAUCGUAUCAGCGGCGACCCCAAUGUCCAGGCCUGCGAGGACAUGUGGCUGGACCAGAAAUCCAGAACGUUGUUUCUGGCGUGCUCGGACCCGUUGGCACGGAGAGAUUGGAUGCCCAAUAUUCAUCGCCUGAAUGCCACAGGCAGGGCAUUGAACGAUCACGUUGUGGCCAUGAAUAUAGACAACCCCUCGAGUUCAGGAGGCUACACUUAUCGUGUGCUCAAUACCCCAGGCUUCUCGGGCGUUAACGGUGAUGGCCGGAUUCAUGUUGUGGGAAUGACGGGUGUCACCUCCCCAGACGGCUCAGAUAUCCAGUUAUGGUUGAUUAACGCCAGACCGUCUGUUGAUGCCAAAACGGGAGAAUUACUUGAUAAUUCCGUCACGGGAGGGAACGCGACAAUUGACGUCUUCGCAACGGAGCCGGGCGCUGAUAGUAUGCGACAUGUGAAGACAUUUGCCAACGAGCAAAUUGCGACACCGAACAAUGUCGCCGUAGCCAAAGAUGGCAGCUUUUGGUUCACGAACGACCAUGGGCGCCACAAGGUUGGCUGGCAACACCAUUUUUCCCCGUAUUUGGCAACCGGUGAUGUCUCCUAUUGCUCGGCCAGCGGCUCAUGCAAGCAAGUGGCUUCAGGAUUCAAAUUCCCUAAUGGCUUGCAUCUCGGCAGUGAUGGGCUGCUCUACGUACCCAGCAUUGGGGUGGGAGGAAUCACUGUCUUCAAACCAUCUCCCGACGGAUCAUUGGUCAGGGUCCACUAUAUCGAUCUCGACUACCCCAUUGAUAAUUUAUCCGAGGAUGCCAAUGGUGAUAUCUUUGCUGCCGCGCUGCCGAAGGCUCUGGCAUCGCUGGCUCCGUUCGAUGAUCCGCUGAACGCAACUCCUCCGCCAUCAACUGUGUGGCGGGUCAGGCGGAAGAACAGAGAAAUCGCAGACAAAUAUCAAUAUGAGCUGUUCAAAGUGAUCGAGGAUGGCGCGGGUGAAGUAUUGCCUGGCGUGACAACUGCGAUUCACGAUGCUUCGACCGGAACGUUGUUUAUGAGCGGUAUGUGGAAUGGUUACCGUUCAUCAACUGCAUUUUGA